AUGACUUCACGAGUGUAUCCUCAAACACAAAACACAACAAGAGCUGCUACAGGAAGUGUAGUGCUUAACGACGCUGAAAGUUCCUCUCAAUUUGGUGCAGGAACUUCUGCCACUUCAAGCACAUAUGCUUCUUCAUUGGGUGGGAAAAGUGUUGUAAACAAUGCUGGAAUAAGUAUAUUCUCAUUGAUAACAACUCUCAGACCUAAAGAUACACUAGUUGGUAACGAGAAUACUUACAUGUUGCUUGGAAUGGUAUUCUAUCACAUUUACUUGAUAUACAACUCUGUAAUACUCUCAUCAAUUUCAACACCAAUGAUUAGAGAUGGCGAUUCUACAUUGUGGGGAGUUAUACCUGGUUGGAUAUGGAGAGCUUUGUAUUUUCCAAUUAAUUUGGCAUCUGAAUUCUAUCCAUACUUUUUAAUUAUUGCACUAUCAAUACUAUUUGUAGUUAUACAAGUAUGUACUUGUUUUGGAAUUUAUUAUUGCAAGUGGGCUGCAAGAAAGGGAGGAAAAUUGUUUGAAAAGAUCAAGACAUUUCUAUUGAAUUCUUUGAUAUUCCAAAGAACUUUCACUUUAUUCAUCUUGUCCAUUCAUGCAAUUUUGUUAUCUCCAAACACCAAGAAUGGUACUUUAUAUUACUUUCCAAGUCAAUCUUUCAGCUCAGUGAUACAAAUAGUUUGUGCAGUAAUAGGAUGUGUUGGAAUAUUGUUGAAUAUAGGUUUGACGGCCAUUGCAACACUAUUAACUGGCGAAACAAGCCCUCAGUUGGGUCGAAGAAUUUGGUUUUCAUUGUACUCUAUUUCACCAUUUAUGUUCUUUGAUUUUGUUAAUCAACUAAGUUUAAUUUCAACUAUUAUUUGUGCAGAACCCUAUACUUAUAUUGCUUCUAUUAUGAAAGUUGUAAUGAAUUUAUUACUACUAGUAGUAACCGUGAAAUCCUUGCCAUUCUUUAGAAAAUGGGAGAAUUGCUUCUAUUUAGCAUUGAUUAGUUUGAAAGUUUUUACUCCAAUACCACCAUUAAUUUUGCCAUUUCUUUCUUCUAAUCAAUUAAAUCAACAAGAGAUUGGUGGUAUCGUGACAGGUGUUACUUUUGCAACUGCUGUCAUUUCUUUUGUAUCUGGAUUCAUUAUUUCUUACAUUUGGUUAGCAUUUAAAAUGAAAUCAAUCAGAAACAUACUAUCCAAUAAGGAAGACAGCUCAGCAACAUUGCUUCUUCUUGAGAAAUCAAAAAAGAAACAAGAGAACCUUUCACUAUUCAUAAGAUUUGCAAACAAUAGUUCUCCAGCAAUGAAAUCGAGGGAAGGAAGUGAUUUUGACUUGGCCAAACAUGCUGUCAACACACUUGUCAAACCAAUUGAAAAUGUUGAACUAUUAAUUAUCAGUUCCUUAUUUGUUUCUUUUGGUGGAAUUCUAGAUUAUGAUUAUUCCCAAUCAUUUAGUAUUGGAUUGGCUCUAUUACAAAAAGCUCAACGAAUUUCACCUUCGCUAUCUCAGAUGUUCAAUAUCAUGUUAAGAAAUGAAGAAGUUGAGUUUCAUGCCUUUCAUGGAAAUAAUCUUGAAGUUUUGAGAAAACUUGUAAUGGUUGAAAAGAAAGUGAAAUCAUUGUCUAGAUGUCACAAGUCAUUCUUUAAAGAAUUAUUGAAUGACAAACCAUCUAUUGGUAAAUUAGAACAUAUUAAUAGUACCAUUUGUUCGAUUUAUAAUGAAUGUGAUACAAUUUAUGAUAAUUUACUAGUUUCUAAUAGAUCCAACAAGACACUACUCAGAUCAUAUGCCUCCUAUUUGGAAAAAUACAAGUGGGAAAUCAAUUUAGCAAAACAAUUAUUUGAAGAAGCCCAAGACAAUGAUGAAGAUAAGAAUAAGCAACAGUUUAAGGCACCAGAAUCUUCGUUCCAUAAAGGAAACACAUCUAGAUUUAGUAUAGAUUCACAAAGAGCUAAUAUGGAUGGUUGGGAUUCUGUCAGUGUUGCUGGUGCAGACGAAAACGAUGAAGAUAGAAAAGAUCAUGUUUUGAGAAUGGCAAUCAACUCUCCCAUGUCAACUGUUGCUUAUUCCACAUUAUUUUUCCUUUUCUGUACCCUCUCUGUACUAACUAUUUGUAUCGUAGCACCAGUUUCACUUGUAUUUACUCAGAGUAUCAAUGAGAGAAUGACAAUGCAAGAGCAGGUUUGCUUAAUGACCUCAGUUCCAUACAAAUUAUUAACUCAGGUUCUAGCGCUUCAAGCAGAAUAUAGUUUGAGAGGAAAUAAUACUGAGAAAUUACUUAAUUCUACCAUUGAUUAUACCAAUAACUUGUUGGAUACUGUAAAAACAGUAGUAACAGCAGGAGACAAUAACAUGUUAAUGCCAGAAGUUGCAAGAGAAUAUUUGAAAAAUCAAUAUGAACUUAAACUUCCAAUUACUAAUGAUUCAUUAAUUGGAAAUGAAAUACCAGGAUAUACAAUCACUAAUACCUCUAUUCAAUUCUACUUAUCUUCCGUGUACACCCAUGGAAAGACCUUGCUACAAGAAUUUAAUGAUAUGGACCAACUGGUUUCGAAUACCGAUGAGAAUUAUGCUUUGUUAUUUAUAUUCUACAAUAGAAUUCCAAUGACUCAAGCUUUCAAUAGUUUGUGUUCUAAAUUUGUAGAAGAAAGUGUAGCUUCAAUUGAAACGAAUUUCGAACAAUUGUGGAUAGUUACAGUUUCUGUUCUUGUUACUUAUUUGAGUAUUUCACUAAUUUUCUUUGCAGUAAUAUUCACACACUCUAGAAGACUUGUUGUUGAGCUUAAAGAAAUAUUCAGAAGAAUAACAAAAGAUGAAAUAGGAAAAGUUUAUCACAGUUUUGAAAAGAAAAUAGACGAUUCUAUUAGCUCUUCAAAUAACCUUUUGAAAAUGAGCAAUAUCCUAAUGUUUGGAAGUUUCCUCUUUGUAAUCGUCAUUUGUUUAUGUUCCCUACUAGUUGUAGUCGAGCUCAACAGCAAUACCAAACAAAGUGCUCGAACCAUGAAUGUUGUUGGUUCUAUUAAUGCAGUUUCGCUUAGAACUUCAAGAACCAACUUUAGAUUAAUCUGGUUUAUUGAAAGGAUAAAGUAUCUAACAAUGGAUCCUUUAUCUGUUAACCAGGAAAAUAAGCAAGACUUGCUUGAUUUGAGAACAUAUUGGAAUUAUGUUGUGGUGGGUGAUGAAUCAACUUCUUACACCUCUGCCGUGUUUGGAAAAUAUGAAGAUGUCGAUUAUCUAUUAUCCGAUCUUUGUAAUGAUACUGUUUCAAUGGCUGAUCCUUGUCAUAGUUUAACUGUUGCAUUGACUGAUUACAUUACAAAAGCUCUAGAUUAUAAUGAAGUAUUCUAUUACCAAAAAAAGAGUAAGACGUUUAUUCAAAAUGCAUAUUUUGCAAAAGUAUUCUAUGUCACACAGACAGUUACUUACAAUUUACAAACUUUAAUCUCUGCUCUUGUAACUCAUGAAAAGGUUUCAAAUAUUGGGUUAACAGCUAGUAUGAUUGGUUUGUGUUUCGUUUCUACAAUUUUAUAUGCUGCCAUUUGUUAUUCAUCCUUGAAUAGGUAUUGGAAGGAAAGAGCUUGUUUGAGAAUGAUGUUGAAUUAUAUCAAUAUAGAUCUAAUUGAAAGUAAUUUGAUAUUGAGAGAGUAUGUCAUGUCAAAUGUUGUUCCUUCAAAGAUUUCCUCUAAAAUAGUGCCAUCCUUUGAAACUGAGCAAGAAAAGGAUGACAAGAUUGAAAUGGUAAAGACAGUAUUGAAUGGAGGUGUUGAUUCUGCAAUUAUUUGUGAUAAGGAUGGAAAUAUUACAAUUUUCAAUAAUUCUGCUGAGGAAAUGUUCGGCUAUUCCAGAUCACAAGUUUUAGGGUUACCAAUUCAAACCCUAUUUACCUCUGAAUAUUCUGAGAGACUCAUGAAAUUGAUUUCAACUGGUGAAUUACAGGAUUCAUUCGAGGCAAUGGCUCAGAGACGAAACAAGACUAAUUUCUCUUCAAAAGUUUCAGUUUCCGUUUCAGUGCAUGGCAAGAAACAAAUUUUUAUUGUCUUUGUUCGUGAUAUUUCACCAGAAAAGAAACAUAGCUUGCUAAUUGCUGAGGAAAAGAAGAAGAGUGAAGAUUUAUUAUUGAAUAUUUUGCCCGUGUCAAUGGCAUCAAAAUUGAAGAACGGCGAAGAGAAUUUAUAUGAGAAAGUGAAUGAUAUUACUGUUUUCUUUAGUGAUAUGGUUGGGUUUACUGCAUGGAGUUCGAAAUUGCAACCUAGUGAACUCGUUCAAAUCCUGAACUCUAUUGUUCAUGGAUUUGACAAGUUGACUGAAAUUCACUUUAUCGACAAGAUUAAAACUAUUGGAGAUGCUUAUUUUUGUGUAAGUGGAUUACACUCCUGUAAAUCAUCCGAUCAUCCAGAAAGAAUGUUAAAAUUUGCCAUUGAAAUCAUGUCCUUUUUAAAGAGUAUCAACACAUCAAGUCAAACAUUAAUUAAUUUGAGAAUUGGUAUUCACACAGGUGAUGCUGUUGGCGGAGUUAUUGGGUUUAAAAAGUUUGCCUACGAUCUGUGGGGAGAUACCAUCAACACUGCCUCUCGUAUGGAAUCAACAUCACUUCCAGGGAGAAUUCAAAUUUCCAGAUCUAGCUAUGGAAGAGUUUAUGACCUAUUCGAAUUUGAAGAAAGAUUAAUUGAGGUGAAAGGAAAAGGACAAUGUCAAACCUAUCUACUAAAAGAUAAACACCAUGAGAAUCCAAUAUCCAUGGAUCCUGAGAUGUUACACGUGGAAGAUAAUGAUCAAUUGGAAGUUUCACAAGGACCAUUUUGUUCCAGUGAUAAAGAGAGCCAGCAACAAGAGGAAUUAAAACAGUAA